AUGGAAUCUCAAUCUGGCCAAGGCAACGAAGAUUCAAUUGCAGCAAUCAAAGACAUGAGACAGCAGCUAGAAUCCCGUGCUGAAACCAUUCACACGACACAGCUAGACCUUAUUGCCUCCCUUCAAACCCUAGUUCCAGAUAUCGUUUCCUCGCUCGAUCUUUCUCUCAAAACUAUCUCUACUUUCAACAACAAACCCUUUACUCCCCUCCCCAAGAAUCUUCCCUCGAAACCCAGUUUUGAUAAAGCCCACAUUCCCAAAUUACCCCACGAGAACACUAAAAUGCUCCCUUCUGCCUCUCUUGCAAAGCUCUCGGAGAAAGAGAAUGAGAGGGCAUUGAUAGAGGAGAGUGGAGGGCCGCUUUCGGUGGUCAGGUCAAUGGUGGCGGUUUGUUUACAAGAGAGGGUUCCGUUUAAUCCGAUUGAUUCCUCUACAGUGUUGAGGAAGUUGGAGAACGAUGCUUCGGCCACGGUGGCUGAGAAGGCGGCUCUCAGGGAACUGGGUGGUGAGUCAGGAUCGAUUUUAGCUGUGGAGAUGGCGUUGAGGUCAAUGGCUGAGGAUAACGGUGGAGUGGAGUUGGAGGAGUUUGUCGUGAGUGGGAAAUCACGGGUUAUGGUGAUGAAUAUCGACAGGACUAGGCUUUUGAAAGAGUUACCUGAAAUUAAGCAGUUGAAUGAGGAGAGUUCUAAUGAUGGAAAUAGGAUUAGUGAUGUGGCAAAGGCUGGAGAGAGUGUGAGUGGUGGAGGGGGUUUUGGCAUGGGGAGGGGAAUGCCCGAGACGUGGAUGGGAGGACAGAUGAUGAUGCAUAGGGGUGGUGGACCUAGAGGGACGGGAAUGAUAGGGGUUCCGAGAGGUGUUGGAGUGCCGCCUCCUAUGCAUAGGCAGCCUUCAAUGGGGCCGAAUGGGUCGCAAGGCGGGGGGAUGAGUACACCUUUGCAGAAGCCUAGGACAGAGGAGGAUGAUAUGAAGGAUCUCGAGGCUUUAUUGAAUAAAAAGAGUUUCCGGGAAAUGCAGAAGUCAAAAACUGGGGAAGAGCUUUUGGACCUAAUUCACAGACCGACUGCUAAGGAAACUGCUGUGGCUGCAAAGUUCAAAAGCAAAGGUGGUUCCCAAGUAAAAGAGUACUGUUCAGCAUUAACAAAAGAAGAUUGCCGACGUCAGUCUGGUUCCUUCAUUGCUUGUGACAAGGUUCAUUUUCGACGCAUAAUUGCUCUUCAUACUGAUGUUAAUUUGGGGGAUUGUUCUUUUCUCGACACCUGUCGUCACAUGAAGACAUGCAAGUAUGUCCAUUACGAGCUCGACUCAACUCCAGAUGUAUCGCCUGUGAUGAUGGGGCAAGCUAGUUUACCUCCCCAAAAGCCACUGAAGGCUCAUUAUUGUUCAGAAGUAGAGCUCGGAGAACCACAAUGGAUUAAUUGUGAUAUACGUUCAUUUAGAAUGGACAUUUUAGGGCAAUUUGGAGUUAUAAUGGCUGAUCCACCCUGGGAUAUUCAUAUGGAAUUGCCUUAUGGGACAAUGGCCGAUGAUGAAAUGCGCACUCUCAAUGUUCCUGCAUUACAGACUGAUGGUCUGAUAUUUCUUUGGGUUACUGGGCGAGCAAUGGAGCUUGGACGUGAAUGUUUGGAACUUUGGGGAUACAAGCGUGUCGAAGAGAUCAUCUGGGUGAAGACCAAUCAACUUCAACGAAUUAUCAGAACUGGUCGCACUGGCCAUUGGCUCAAUCAUAGCAAGGAGCAUUGCCUUGUUGGAGUGAAGGGCAACCCAGAAGUAAAUAGGAAUAUUGAUACUGAUGUCAUUGUUGCUGAAGUUCGAGAAACAAGUCGUAAACCAGAUGAGAUGUAUGCCAUGCUAGAAAGGAUAAGUCCGAGGACAAGAAAGCUGGAAUUGUUUGCUAGGAUGCACAACGUACAUGCUGGGUGGAUAUCACUUGGUAAUCAGUUGCAAGGAGUACGGUUGGUGGAUGAAGGACUGCGAGCAAGAUUUAAGGCUGCGUACCCUGAUGUGGAGGUGCAGCCAGCAUCACCACCAAGGGCCACUCCAAUGGAAGUGGAAGCUAGUGCUCCUCAAAUGAGGACACCAUUUGUCGAAGGUGAAACAAAAUUAUCAGGAAAUCAAUUUGCAGAGCCUGCUGGUUCAGCAGCAGCCUAUCCAUUUGAAGCAAAGCCUAUGAAUAUUGAUGGAGAGAUGAUAAGCUAG